AAAACUUUUUACUUAAACUUAGGUUCUCUAUGAAAAAGGGUGUCUAGUAUUUCAAACUAUAUAUACUCUAUACAUAUAUAUAUGUAUAUAAAGUCACGUUAUUAUAACUAACGAUGAAGUUUAACAUAGGACGCGGCACCCGAUCUCAUAGCCCGAAGAAGCCAUUACUGGCGACGGCCACUAACAGCGGUCAUCAACAAUUGGCCGUCAAGUGUUCAGUUCAUCCGAAAUCGACACUAAAACACUACUCGUCGUCGACGACUACUAAGACAACUGCUGGCACUUUAGGUGAACAAAGUCUACUUCCGGCGGUAAACAUAUCGCUAAAAUUGUUGGCCACUCGUGUCCAUCAUAUGCUUGAUACACAUGCCGGCAGUGUACCGGUGCAUACGUUUCUCGACUGUUAUUACGGCGAGUUUGGCGAACUGGUCGAUACGGUUAGCCAGCCGUUGGUUCCGUUGGAACACAUGAUCGCGUGUGUGCCGGGAGUUAAGAUAGUGUCGGCGACUGCUGCUGGCGGUACUGGCUAUAAGACAAUUGCAUGGAUACCCAAUCAUGAACACCAACACCAUCAUCAUAGACAUCGCACUACCAGCCGGCUAUCGGUAACAGUUGAUACCGCUAGAGCUAGUAGUCAUCAUCAUUACGAGCGAUCGACAGGUGGUAGUGGUGGCGGCAGCGGUGGCAACCCGUUGGUACAUUUCACCAAAGAGGUACGAGUGCUUUUGAAAAGUCAACCGCACGCAACCAUACCGUUCAUCAAGUUUGUACCGACUUAUCAUUCGCAUUUUGUACGGCAACUGUGUGUCGGACAGUUCGGCUACGAACGACUGACCCAACUAAUGGAAGCCAUGCCCAACGUUGUCCAGAUCUAUGGCGAACACGACGGACGUAUGAUAACACUAACUCAUAAGGAACAGACCAAACGAUUUGCUAACGAUCUGAUCAAAGUACUGAAGUCGAGGAACGGUAUGAAAAUGAAAUUGAGUGAAUUUUACGCGGCCUACGAACAGCUGUACGGAAAGCCGUUUGAUAUCACUGACUAUGGAGUCUGUCUGAUCGAAGAUAUACUGCGGGACGUAUGGGAAGGUACGGUAGCCAUAACACCGUUCGGCAGCAAUGACCAGUGGCUGGCUCUGCCGAAACGUGAGCGUUCAGACGAACAGCACAAGAGGACAACCUAUUUUGAACAGGAAGUGAUCAAAUUGUUGCGCGAUUCGAAAGAAUCGGUUGACUUUGAGCUGGGCUUCUCUAUGUUUAUACCGGCCUAUCAUCGAUUCUACAGUCGACAGUGUCGGGUCAGUGAUUUUGGAUUCGGUAAACUGAUUGAACUGCUUGAGGAACUGUCGCCAAAGAUACUGGAUGUCGAACACAACGAGAAUAGUGGCGAAAAACAUUUACGAUUGAAUUAUGACAAUCGGCUGAGAGCACUGGGCGCCCGAUUUGAGACCAUACUACGAAAGAUACCGACAAAUACACUGCCGGUGCCAGUGUUUGAGCGCCUGUACGCGCGUCGAUAUAAGUCGAAAAUCGAUUAUAUUGAAUACUAUUCGGCCGAUUUGACCGAAUUGGUGGACAAAUUGCCGUCAAAAGACAAGUUUCGUGUGAUUCAUAUGAAAAACGAAACACUAGUAUCACUGAUGGAUAGUAAUAAUAAUUUUUUCUGUAAUAAUACUAAUAAUAAU